AUGGAUUUCUUGGAUUACCAAAUAUAUUCUGUCACAAACACUACAAAGGCUGUCACCAGCGAGUCUGACCUGCCAGAACCCGUGUCUCGAUUACGAUUGGCUCCCUUCGAAUUACCAUCACAACUAUCUUCACAUACUCUAGACAACGAAACGGCAAGAUCCCUGUCUAAUUCGAUCGAAAAAGAUUUGCAAAAUUCUACUCCUUUGCAAGAUGGUAAACUAUACAACAAGAUGUCCAUGUACGUGUCACAAUCCAUCGAUUCGUUGAAACUUCAAUCCACUUUUAAUAAUGAAUUGUCUCAUUUACAAAAUAUCCAUCCAACUACUAAACCUACCAGCAAACAACCUGACUCCAUCAUAGUUAAUAAUAAACCCGCAGACGCCACAGAUCUCGUCUUAUCCAAAAAGUUAUCUAAAGUUUUAAACGAUUAUUCUUUCACCACUUACCAUUCCACCUCUCAAAUUAGAAACUCAUUAAAAGUCUUGGAAUCAAACACGUUGGCUCUUCGAUUAGAUCAUUCCAAAUUGAUCACUCCUGAAUAUUUAGGAAUCCUUGCAAGAAAAUCGUUGAAAUCAGAUUUGGAAUCAGAAUUGUUAAAAGAUCAUCUCUUAGUAUUAGAAGAAUUUAAACCCAUCGCAAGAAGAAUUAAACGUUUGACAGAUUCUGUACAAACUAUAAGAACGUUAGGUCAAUCAUUGACCGAAUCCAAUGAUGAUACACCAAGUGAUAAUCAAUUGUUAUUACAAUUAAACUCUCUCAAUAAAAAAUUAAAUGCUUUGACAUUACAAAAAAAAAUUCUUAUUGCAUUAAAGGAUAAAUUCACAUUAAAUCAAAUUGAAGAAGAUAUCAUCACCAAUUCCCCCGUAGCAAAACCAUUUUUUGAAAUUAUUAAUAAAGUAAUGACCAUCAAAGAAAAUUCCAUGGUUCUAUUGGAUUUAUCAAAUAAAUUACCAGCUGAAAGACUCUUACAAAAAAAUAAUUCCAUUUUACAAUUGAUUAAUAAAAAAAUUUAUAAUCAUCUAAUUGAUUUCUUAUAUAAUCCACAAAAUACAAAUUCUCCUUCUAUUACCAACCCAGAUGACUCCCUUUUGAUCAAUUUCCAAAGAAGUUUAGUUUAUCUUUCCAAUGAUUUACCUUAUUUCAAUGAAUUUUUGAAAAGAGUCGCCACAAUAAGGUCCAAAUUGAUUUUGGAUGAAUUUUUAUCUCAAUUUGAUAUCAAUUCUUCAAAACAUUCUGGUAAACUAACAAUCAUCUUAUCACAACAAAACCCUAUAAGAUAUAUCAGUGAUAUCCUUGCACAUGUUUAUUCGUUAAUUGUUAAUGAAUAUGAUUUUUUAAAAUCUUUAUUUAAAUUUCAAUCCAAACAUUUUGAAAAUACUCCCCAAUCUAUUUUACAAAAAAAUGAAACUUUUUUAAAUGGAAUUGAUAAGACUCUAUUAAAUGAAAUAGUACAAUCUUUGGCAAACUCUUGUCGUAUUAGAAUUGAACAAUUAUUAAGAUUCGAGGAAAAUCCAUGUAUAAAUUUCGAAAUCAUUCAACAUUUACAAUUAUAUUCCAUAAUGUAUCAAAGACAAGGUAUUACAAUGGAUAAUCAAAUCAUUUCAAAUUUAAAAAAAUUAAUUCAACUCUCCAAGGAAAAAAUUUUCGAAUUUUUCACUUCAAUUAUUAAUGAUUUAAAUAUUGAGGAUCCAAUUUUAAAUGAUGAUCUUUUACCACCAGAAUGGUUGGUUCGUUAUUUAAAUAAAUUGAUUGAAUUAUUUGAAAUUUAUAAACAAAUGACAACAACAAGUAGUGGAGCUACUACCACUACAAAUAACAACGAAUCAAAUGAUUCACUUCUAAUCAAUUCCAACUUUUUAAAUAAAAUUAUUAAAGAUCCCAUAGAAUCAACUUUAUUAGUACAAUUGAAAAAUGCGUUCCCUCUAUCCAAGAAAAAAGAUGAUGUCAAGAUCUCGCUAUUAACCGUUGAAAUUAACUGUUUUGAUUUAUUAUCUUCAAGAUUAUUACCUUUUAAAAAUAUCAUUUUUAAUAUCGAUGAUCAAUCUAUGUCUAUUUUAAAUUGGAUCGAUUCUACUAAAAAUAAUUUUGUAUCAGAAAUGUUAAAAUUACAAAUAAAAUUAUUAUUCCAAAGAACUGGGUUACAUCUAUAUGAAAAUUUAAUGAAUAUGAUUUUCCCAUUAAGAUCAAUCAAGGAUAAAUUAGAUUAUGAUAUGUAUUUAUCUUUAUUAGAAAAUCCAUUGAUGCAAUUAGAUACUAUUAAUUCAAACGUUCAUGAUACAUUAAAUGAAUAUUUGCCAAUGGCUCUUACAGAUUUACAAGAAAAUUUAUUAUUUAAAUUAACAUCUCCAUCCAUUGCUGAUGAAAUUUGUGAUUCAUCUUUUAAUGAAUUAUCUUUCUUUUAUAUUAUUUUUAAAAGAAUUUUAAUCCAUUUAUACCCACAACAAAUUGAUAGAGUUAAUGAAAUAUUAAAUUUCUCAGAAAUCGAGUUUAAUACUUUGAUUGGUAUUGACAAUUGA